AUGCGGUACAGAUCAUUUCUCGGGGCUGGACUUACUCACGAAGAGAUAGCAUAUGCGGAGAUUCCCCUGGUUGUAGGAUUACUAGCAAAUACCGUUCCUGCUGCAUUCUGUGUUCAUUUUGAGCUCUUCCCAAGACCAAAGCUGCUUGAAGAAAUACGGGAAGAGGUAGAAUAG